GCGGGCCCGACUGCAAAGACUGCGGGUUCUUCACUGUCGGCAGCCGCUUCUCUCACGUUCUUUCCUUUCCCUUCCCUUGUCUUCCCGCCAACAACCAAAUUUUCUGCCCAUUGUCCUACAAACCGCGUCUGGCACGCGUUGAGGGGCAAUUUUUGCAACAAAACCGCAAUCUCCCUUUCUCACUGUUACACAAUCAUCGUCAGAACAACAACACUGACGGUUGCGAGAAACUACCGGGAGUUUAUUUGACUGCUACAAACUAAUUGCGCAGUGUCCCCAUCCUGUCAGGAUUUUCAUUUUCUACCCAACCACCUGCCCAAGUGCGCGGAAACCACACAACCCACACUGCAAGAUGGACGCCACCAACGGUAACGGCGGCGCCAGCAAGUACAUCACACUCGUCUCCAAGGACGGAUUCGAGUUUGUUAUGCUCCGCGAGGCGACCCUCUGCAGUGACUACAUAAGAGGUAUGCUGCGUAACAACAUGACCGAGGCCAGGACUGGUCGUUGCGAGCUUCAGGACAUCAAUGGCGUUAUUCUUGAAAAGGUGGUCGAGUACUUCCACUACUGGUACAAGUACCGUGACCGCGAGGACGUUCCUGAUAUGGAGAUUCCCGUUGAGAACUGCCUUGAGCUCGUCGUUGCCGCGGAUUACCUCGGAAUGGACAGUAAGCCACACUGAGUGAUUCCCGUCACA